UAAUCAAGCGUGUAGUAUUCGGUUCUUGAACGAUCUUUUGCGGACCAAUUCCAGGCGGAGACACCGUCAAUGGCGGCAUCAUCAUCGUCAGUGACGGCGGUGAGGUCAUGGAGAACGGCAUUUCUCACUCUGAGAGACGAAACCCUAACGAACCCUCCUUCCAUCCCUCAUCUUUUACAAUCCCUAAUCUUCUCGGACGCUCACUCUUCUUUCAUCUCCGCCGCCUCCGACCUCCCUGCCCACGAGGUGACUUCCGAUCUGUUAUUUCUCGUCCAGCUUGUUGCCAAUGCAUGCCAAUUUCAACACGAUUUGGUCCCUACAUUUUCAAACACUUGCCGAUUGAUCCAUGAUCUUAGUCAUCGAGUUCCUCUCGAUAUCAAUUCCUCGUCUUGGUUUUUGCUUCUUGAUUCCCUCACCAAACUAAUGGAUUAUUUUCUUUCCAAAGAAACCUCCACUGCUUCUUUGUAUAAACCAGUUUUGGAAUGCUUGGAAACUCUCAGACAUCUUGUUGGUGAAAACCAACGAAAAUUCUCUCUGCAAGAUGAUAUUCAGUUGGUAAAUGUUGUUCUCCACAUCAUUGCACGUAUGCAUAUGAAUGUAAUCUCCUUGUAUUCUUCAAGCGGCAAUCAAAAGAGUGCUAUUGAAAUGGGGAAGAAAUUACCACGAAAUGGUAGUUUAUGGGAAGUUCAAACUGCUUCCUUUACUAUGCUUGGAGAACUAUAUUCAAGGACCGGUUCUUCUUUUCCAAUUGAUAUUUGGCAAUCAACUAUUCAGGUUUUUAGGAAGUUGAUGGACUUAUUAGCCUCCAAGAAUUUGGUCGUGGAAGAAAUUAUCAUGUCAAGGUUUUAUGCAUCUCUUCUGCAUUGCCUUCAUUUGGUUCUUAUGGAUCCUAAAGGUUCUAUUUCUGAACAUGUGUCUAGUUUUGUCGCAUACUUGCGAAUGUUUUUCGUUUAUGGCCUUACUAGUGGAACCCAACUCACAUGUGCUGCGGGCAGUUCCAAGGAUAAAGAAUCUGUUUUUCCGAGUUUUAAGUUGACUGUAGAAGAGCCUAAAAGGACAAAUAAUACACCAUAUAGGCCGCCACACUUGCGCAAAAAGGAGAGUUUAAAUGCUAGGCAGGCUAAAUCUUUGUAUCUUCAGGGUUCUUCUGAUCAUAUUUCUUCUAUGGCUGAUGUUACAUCAUCAGAUUCUGAUUACAGUGACAGUGAUGGAUCACUCAAAGAUAUUAAUGGUUCUCGCUGCUCAAAGAUUAGAGUAUCUGCCAUUGUUUGUGUACAGGAUCUUUGUCAAGCUGAUCCCAAAUCCUUUACAUCUCAAUGGACAAUGCUUUUGCCGACCAAUGAUGUACUAAAACCAAGGAAAUUUGAAGCUACUUUGAUGUCAUCCUUGUUAUUUGAUCCUUACUUGAAGGCACGGAUGGCAUCUGCCUCAGCUUUGGCCGUCAUGAUGGAUGGGCCUGCAACUGUUUUUCUCCAGGUAGCAGAAUAUAAAGAAUCUACUAAAUUGGGAUCUUUUAUGGCACUUUCUAGUUCACUUGGCCAGAUACUAAUGCAACUGCAUAUUGGUCUUCUGCACUUAAUUCAACAUGAAACUAAUAGUCGAUUGCUGGUCUUGCUAUUCAAGAUACUCAUGCUUUUGAUAUCAAGCACACCAUAUUCACGAAUGCCAAGAGAUUUGUUGCCCAAAGUAAUUUUAACUUUACAAGGAAGGAUUGAAGCAGGUUUUCCUUUCAAAAAUGAUCAGACUGGCUUGCAGGUUGCUGCUAUUAGUUGUUUGACAACUGCUUUAUCAGUUUCACCUUCAACCCAAGUUAAAGAAAUGAUUUCAGAGGAAUUGUUGCCAGGUUUUGAGGAGGCUGACAAGAAGUCUGGUGUUCUUUUAACAUUACUUCACCAUUGUGAACGACUAAGCAACCCAACAAUUUGCUUUGAAGCACUUCAGGCACUUCGCGCUGUUUCACACAAUUAUCCAGACUUAAUGUUAGUAUGUUGGGGACAACUUUCUGCCAUUGUUUAUAAAUUUCUGAGAGAAGGUACAGCUGAAGUUGCAUCAAAGUCCUGGAAGGAUCAAGCUGGAAAUACUACUGUGUUUGUAGGUGAAAAAAUCGUUACAGCUUCUAUAAAGGUUUUGGAUGAAUGCCUUCGUGCAAUAUCUGGUUUUAGAGGAACUGAGAAUCUUUUAGAUGAAGUUUUGUUGGAUUCCCCAUUUACUUCUGAUUGCAUAAGGACAAAGAAAGUAUCGUCAGCCCCAUCAUAUGGACCCCAGAGUCUGGAAGAUGCUAAAGAAGAAAGAAAUACAUGUCCAUCAGGAAGUCAGCAGUGGGCUGAGACAAUUGAGAAGCUCAUGCCUCUCAUUCUAUGGCAUAUGUCUGCAAUGGUGAGAUCUGCAUCAGUAACUUGUUUUGCUGGAAUCACUUCUUCUGUGUUCUUCACUCUCUCGAGGGAAAAUCAGGAUUUUAUUGUUUCGUCUCUAAUCAGUGCUGCUGAGCAUGAUAAGGUUCCUUCGGUUAGGUCUGCUGCUUGUCGAGCAAUUGGUGUUGUUUCAUGUUUCCAAAAAACUUCUGAGAGUGCAGAGAUCCUUGGCAAGUUUAUCCGUGCUGUUGAGGUUAACAUUUGUGAUCCUGUGGUCUCGGUGCGCAUACCAGCCUCUUGGGCUUUGGCAAACAUAUGUGAUUCUCUUCGUCACUUUGUUCAUGAUUUUCCUUUAAAACAAUCAACAGAUUCAGAAACAAACUUCCAUUUAGUGGAGUUGUUAAUUGAGUGUGCUCUGCGUCUAACCAGAGACGGGGACAAGGUCAAAUCAAAUGCUGUAAGAGCUCUAGGAAAUCUUGCACGAUUUGUCAGAUAUUCGAGUUCUCCAUGUGUGGAUAAAAAGCCAGUAUCAAGCACAGGAUAUCCUUCUUGCGACCACGUUGCUAUGUUUCCAGCAAGAAGUGAGCUGAAUGCUUUUGAUGGAGGUGGGAUAACUUCGUCCUGCCCUGCAUCAUUGAAGGAUUUUCACUGGCUAGAGAGAAUGGUGCAAGCAUUUAUUUCUUGUGUUACAACUGGAAAUGUCAAGGUUCAAUGGAAUGUCUGUCAUGCGUUGAGCAAUAUGUUUCUGAAUAAGACGAUACAACUGCAGUAUAUGGAUUGUAUGCAUGUACACAAUUCUGGCAGGGCUCCAUCAGUUUUUGGUAUUCUUCUGUUACUUCUACGUGAUUCUUCGAAUUUCAAGAUAAGGAUACAAGCUGCUGCUGCAUUGGCUGUGCCAGAAACGGCACUUGAUUAUGGGAAAUCUUUCCCAGACAUUGCCCAGGGCCUGGAGCAUGUAGUCGAGAAUCUAGGUUCAGACUCUAUUUCGGCGCCUUCAAGUUUCAAAUAUAGGAUUGCGCUGGAGAAGCAGUUAACUUCAACCUUGUUGCAUGUUCUUAGCCUUGCUUCCGCUUCUGAUCACAAACCGCUGAAAGAUUUUCUUGUCAAAAAAGCUUCUUUUCUGGAGGACUGGUUUAAGACGCUAUAUUCUUCGCUGGGGGAGACGAGUGAGCAAUCCGAGACUGUUGGAUGUGAUUCUGUGGGCAACCAAAAGAAAGAGAUGAUAUCCAAAGCUGUACAGUCCAUGAUCGAAGUCUAUCAAAGCACAAACCAACAAUCGAUUUGUCAGAAAUUCAAGAAGCUGGUGGCACCAUAAUCUGUCAUUUUAAUUUUGCUUGGCUUGCUCUGGCUGAUUUGGUAAGUUGGGUAAUUCUCACCUUGGAGACUACUUUUACUCGAUUUUACUCGAUGUAUCCGACAUUCGCCCUUAGUAUACCAGUUCAUCGGAUUGAAAAAACACCCUUUCCUUUCCAAUGAUUGAUAGAUCGGAGUGUGAGGAGAGUUUGGUGCAGAUUUUCCAGCUGCUAGAAAUUCAGUUUCGAUUACAUGGAACAAAGAGAGAAGGGGAAAGAGAGAAGGGGGGUGUUUUAUAGUGUAUAAAUUAUCAUAGGUAGUAUUGGUCGUAUUCAUAGCUGUAUGAUAUGCAGGGGGGCUGCGAUCACCCUAGUUUAAUCUAAUUGUCUUAGUGGUUAAAGU